AUGGGCAGAUCACAGACUGCAUCUCUCCCCAUUAUCCCGCUCGCUAGAGGCACCGUCCUGCUUCCUGGCUUGAUUCAGCGAAUCUCUGUCACUUCGAGCCGUCCCGAUAUCCCUGCGCUCCUCGCCCACGUCUACGAGCAAGCUGCCGCCAAAGGCCCCGAGGGACGAAUCGACAGUAUAUCAAUCGCUUGCGUUCCGCUCUCCUCACCCUUCGUAGGCCCCACUGGCCAGCUUCUCAUCAACAAUGGAGAGGAGAUAGAUACCUCGCAGCUUGCCGAGGUGAAUCCCGGCAGUGCCAACAAGGCCGAUGUCUUUGGAUUUGGUGUUGCCGCCAAGAUUGUCGGCAUUGAUGGCCGCGGUGCCGGCGAGUUUGCGCUCCGUGUUGAAGGCACUUGUCGUGUCAGAGUAGAUAGCAUCUCCCGCGAGCGACCCUUUUUCCAGGGCAAGGUUACAUACUUUAGCGAUGAAAGUACGUCUUUGAUAUUUCUGCCAAGUGACCCACCAGUGCGCUCUAACCAUGCGUCUUCUUCUCUAGUUGAUAUGGCCGACAAACAACUCCAGGAUCUUUUUGGCUUGCUCAAAGCUCAGUCCCGCGAACUCGUUACCAUUUUAAGAAUCUCGUCGCUGUUACCACGCACCAAGAAUGGGCCGGCAUUGUCACCUGGGCUUACGAAACGGCUCGAAAUGCUCAUCAUGCGACGCGAGAUGAAGGAAGCAGGACUGCUGGCUGACUUCAUGUCAAACCUCGUCGAGGCGUCCCACGAGGAGAAGCUGGGCGUACUAGCCGCGCUGGAUGUCAAGGUCAGAAUCACAAAGGUCAUUGAGCUGCUGGAGCGGCAAGUAGGGGGUAUCAAGAACAACUUCAAGAUUACCACAUUCACUGCAGUCCCUGUCCAGAUUCUCGACAGGCUAAAUGACAAUCCUAACAAGAGGAAUGGCCCCGGUCUGCCAAUUCCAGGCGUCAACUUCCUUUCGGGCGCCGGUCAGAUGCCAUCUGGUAACGAUCAAGGAGACGAGCAAGAGGCAAAUGAGCUGGAUGAGCUGAAAAAGAAGCUGCAAAAUGCCCAGCUCCCAGCCGAGGUGGCCAAGACUGUCGACAGAGAGCUGCGACGGCUACAGAAGAUGAUGCCCAUGAAUCAGGAAUAUCAAGUCACACGCAACUGGCUUGAAACUCUGUCGGAGAUCCCCUGGGCAGCAGUCACAGAUGAUCGCCUGGGCCCCAAGACGCUGAUCAGAGCACGAAAACAGCUUGAUGAUGACCAUUACGGCUUGGACAAGGUCAAGAAGAGGUUGAUAGAAUAUCUCGCCGUCCUUCGUCUGAAGCAGUCUUUGAACGACGACGUCGACGAGCAGAUCCGUAAGGCCGAGGCAGAGAUUGCCCCUGCGCACGAUUCUAGCAACCCGCCAGCUGAGGGCGCGAACCCAGAGAACAGUGCAAAACUCCAGAUCCUGAAAUCAAAGAGGAUGGUGGACAAGUCACCGAUUAUGCUUCUUGUCGGCCCGCCUGGAGUUGGUAAGACUAGUCUGGCCAAGUCAGUCGCCACGGCACUCGGAAGGAAGUUUCAUCGCAUCUCUCUCGGCGGCGUUAGAGACGAAGCCGAGAUUCGUGGACAUCGUCGAACAUAUGUUGCUGCUAUGCCCGGCUUGAUUGUUCAAGGUCUACGAAAGGUUGGCGUUGCCAAUCCAGUCUUCCUCUUGGAUGAAAUUGAUAAGAUCGGCAUGGCCAGCGUCCACGGAGACCCCUCUGCCGCCAUGCUCGAAGUCUUGGAUCCAGAACAGAACCAUACUUUCCAGGACCACUACAUAGGCAUGCCGAUCGACUUGUCCAAGAUCCUCUUCAUUGCCACGGCAAACAACUUGGACACCAUUCCGGCGCCGCUCCUGGACCGCAUGGAAAUGAUUUAUCUCCCGGGCUACACCACCCUGGAGAAGCGUCAUAUUGCCAUGCAACACCUCGUUCCCAAGCAGAUCCGAGCCAAUGGAUUAGUCGAGGACCAAGUCAUCUUCAACAAGGAUGUUGUCUCCAAGAUUAUCGAGUCGUACACUCGUGAAUCAGGGGUUCGCAACCUGGAACGAGAGAUUGGGUCUGUAUGCCGUGCGAAAGCCGUGGAGUAUGCUGAAGCCAGAGAUGGCGGGAGUAUUGAAAAGUACAGGCCACUUCUUACAAUCGAGGACAUUGAAAACAUUCUCGGCAUCGAAAAGUUUGAAGAGGAAAUUGCCGAAAAGAUCAGCCGCCCCGGUAUCGUUACAGGUCUUGUGGCCUACAGCACUGGCGGCAAUGGAAGUAUCCUGUUCAUUGAGGUCGCCGAUAUGCCGGGCAAUGGCAGGGUACAGCUGACGGGCAAGCUGGGCGAUGUCCUCAAGGAGAGCGUGGAAGUCGCCUUGACCUGGGUCAAGGCUCAUGCCUACGAGUUGGGCCUCACUCCUGAGCCUACGACGGACAUCAUGAAGGACCGCAGCAUUCAUGUACACUGUCCUUCUGGUGCGAUCCCCAAGGACGGACCAAGCAGUGGCAUCGGACAGGCUAUUGCCCUCAUCUCCUUGUUUUCUGGCAAAUCUGUGCCUCCAACAAUGGCCAUGACGGGUGAAAUUUCCCUUCGCGGACGUGUCACGGCCGUUGGCGGCAUCAAGGAGAAACUCAUUGGGGCUCUCCGAGCCGGCGUCAAAACAGUCUUGCUUCCGGCACAGAACCGGAAGGACGUCAAGGACUUGCCUCAGGAAGUCAAGGACGGUCUGCAAAUUGUGCACGUUAGUCGACGAUGCCGUCCGACCACGGGCACCAGUAGCGUGGAAGUCGCCUUGACCUGGGUCAAGGCUCAUGCCUACGAGUUGGGCCUCACUCCUGAGCCUACGACGGACAUCAUGAAGGACCGCAGCAUUCAUGUACACUGUCCUUCUGGUGCGAUCCCCAAGGACGGACCAAGCAGUGGCAUCGGACAGGCUAUUGCCCUCAUCUUCUUGUUUUCUGGCAAAUCUGUGCCUCCAACAAUGGCCAUGACGGGUGAAAUUUCCCUUCGCGGACGUGUCACGGCCGUUGGCGGCAUCAAGGAGAAACUCAUUGGGGCUCUCCGAGCCGGCGUCAAAACAGUCUUGCUUCCGGCACAGAACCGGAAGGACGUCAAGGACUUGCCUCAGGAAGUCAAGGACGGUCUGCAAAUUGUGCACGUUAGUCAUAUUUGGGAAGCGAUCCGCUUGGUAUGGCCAGACUCUCACUGGGCCGCAGAUGGUCACUACGCCAGCAUUGAGAGCCGGCUGUGA